AUUUUCCGCAUGAAAUGAUGCUAUACGCCCCUUGACGUGAUAAUUAAAUUCUUCAAAUUUAAAACACAAUAAAUGUUUAAUUAGUCAGUAGAAAUGGCUACUUAGUGUAACAUUCGGUUCAACCUAAAUAUUUAAUAUUUAAUUUUGUAACGUAAUGGAUCAUACUAUUGUGCUUAUUUUAUUUGGGGUUCAAAUAAUAACAGCUAAAGAACUCACCUAUCGCUUAUCCAGAGAUGUCAUCCCGAAACAUUAUUCCCUAAAACUCCAGCCAGAUAUUGACGCUGAAACUUUCCGAGGAGAAGUCACCAUAACCAUUUAUAGUACUGCAGAGAAAGAACGAAUUAUUUUACAUAGUUUGAAUCUUAAUAUCACUUUUGCUGAGAUCAAUCAGCAUCCAGCUAAAGUAGAAGAGUUAGAAGAUGCUAGAAUAGCUGUGAGCUUUAUUAAUAGAGGCCAUAUACAGCCCGGUGAACAUUUAAUUCGAUUCAAAUAUCAUGGAAGGCUUUAUGAACAGUUUGGGUUGAGAAAAGCUUCGUAUAAGUAUAAUUCCCAUAAGGGGCAUUUAAUAGUCAAUGAAUUUGAAGCACAUCACGCCAGAAAAGCCUUUCCGUGCUUUGACGAACCAAAUUUCAAAGCCCGUUUCAAUGUCCGCCUGAUUACACCUAAUGAUUCCUACAUAGCUCUAUCUAACAUGCCAGAAAUUGGUCGCUACCCUUUUUCAGAAGGUAUACUAUAUGUUUUUGCUACCACAGUAAAAAUGUCAACCUAUCUAGUAUCUUUAGCAAUAACAGAUUAUACAUAUUACGAGGAGAUGUUUGUGCAUAACAAUAAAACUAUACCUAUAAGAGUGUAUACAUAUAAUGCCAGCAAAGAAAAUAAUCAUGCUGCUAUUGAAGCAGCUAUGAUUUCCAUUAGGUACUAUAAUGAUUAUACUGGAUUGGAUUAUCCUCUUCCGAAAUUAGAUAUGAUAGAAUAUGACAAGGGCAAAGUAACAGCAACAGAAACAUGGGGCCUUAUUCAAUUUAAAGAAGGCCUACUCACUACGGAUUUGGAUAUAUACGAUGCUUUCCAAUGCCACCUAGUAAUUUUCCAUGAAUUAGGGCAUUUUUGGUUCGGAAACUUGGUUACAAAUGAUUGGUGGAAUGAUUUAUGGCUGCAAGAAGGAUUUGCAACUUUUAUGUCAUAUAAAAUGAUUGCCGAGAGAGAAGAUGUCGGUAUAUCAAAAUUAUUCAGACUAAUAGAAGUGAUAGAUAUGGAUACUCAGUUUCGCGAAGAUAAACUACAGUUAGUUAGUUAUUUACAUUCCACAGACUAUAUGGAAAAUGACAAACUUUUUGAUGGAAUAGUCUACACAAAAGGUGCCUACCUUCUGAGAAUGUUAGAAGUCCUUGUAGGAGAAAAACUCUUUCAACAAAUCGUCAGAAAUUUUCUAAAAAAUCACGAAUUUGGAACUGUCACUACUAACGAUUUAAUCCAAGAAUUUGAAGACCAAGUUCCUUAUAUGGACAUACGUUCUUUUAUGGAAAGUUACAUCUACCAAUAUGGUCAUCCAGUUUUAAAUGUUGACGAUAGUUCGGAAAAAUAUGUAUUAAGUCAGAUUCUGGCGAAUAAUUCAAGCAAUAAAUGGACAAUACCAAUUUCCUAUGCCUAUGCAAAUAAUACUACCGGAUACAUUUGGUUUGAUAGGGAAGCUGAAACUAUAACAUUGGAUAAAUCGGUAGAUUCCGAAUUCAUGCUAUUCAACUUAGGCUCAAAACCUGGAAUAUAUAUUGUUAAUUAUACUGACACGAUGUUAAGAAAUAUUCUAGACAACAUUGGCAAUUUUCCGCUAGAAGAUCUAGAAACCUUUGAAGACAACAUGAAAGUUCUUUACCAAAUGAAAUACAUCAAUUGUGAUACUGUGCUGGAGUUUUUUGGUGCGAUGCAAAACCAAAGCACUUAUAAUAGUUUAUUUUUUUAUGCAGUGUUAGAUGUUUUUCAAAGUAUUUCUUGUUAUAAACAGGAAUACAGGGCACUAAUCGAACAUCUUAAUACCAAAUACAAAAUCAAAAUCGACCUCUUUAUUCCAGAAUCCUAUGGAAAAUGUGAUGAAAAUAGAAACACAACGGAUAUAUCUGAUCUCCAUUCACAGCAGUGCAUACAAUGGAUAAGCAAUAAUUUACUAAAUGCCAACGAAACACAAAACAUUAUGUAAAUGGUUACAAAAUAUAUUUUUUUGAAUAGGUA